GUCUUAUUAUUAAAAUUCUUACUUCAAAAUUAAUUUUUUUUUAAAAAGAUUUUCUCAAGUGAAGAUGUUAUCUUCAAGAUUGGUAUCACUCUCAUAUGCUAUUCCAUUUUCCUCUAAAACCCUCUUCCCCAAAUUAUUCUCAAAACCCAAAAUUUUUCUGUCUUCCCCUUCUUUCUUCCAUCAAAAACUAAACUUGUCUGCCGUUUCCAUUGCCACAUCACCUUCCUUCUUCUCAGACUCCCCUCUUUCAGGGCUAGGGGAUGGUUUGGUGGGUUAUGUAUUUGGCAAGAAGAAGGCUACUGAAGUAGCUCACUUUGUAUGGAAGCAUGUUGUCCAAAAAGGCGAUACUGCUGUAGAUGCCACAUGUGGCAAUGGCCAUGAUACCUUGGCAAUGCUUAAGAUGGUUGCUGAUGAGUCUGGUAUGGCUUGUGUUUAUGGAUUUGACAUUCAGCGAGAGGCUCUAGAGAGUACUUCUUCUUUGCUGGAUGGAACUGUCAAUCAGGCAGAGUUUAUUUUGACUUCCAAAUUCAUUCAGAAAGGACUUGUCAAGCUCUUCAACAUGUGUCACAGUAGAAUGGAAGAAGUCAUUGCUAAAAAUGCCCCAGUGAGGCUUGUUGCUUUCAACUUGGGCUAUCUUCCAGGAGGUGACAAAACUGUAAUUACAAUGGCUGAAACAACAGCAUUGGCACUGGAGGCGGCAGAGAGAAUUGUAGUACCUGGGGGUCUUAUCAGCAUAGUGGUCUACGUGGGCCACCCUAGUGGAAGGGAGGAACUGGAAACUGUUGAAGCAUUUGCCGAUAGAUUGCCAGUUGACAAUUGGAUCUGCUGCAAGUUCCAGAUGUUGAACCGACCUUUAGCUCCGGUACUUGUUUUCUUGUUCAAGAGAUGAUACCACAGAAAUUUUCCAUUGUAAUAGUUGUUAUACAUGAUAACUUUGCAUCUGAUAUUGGGACCCUAGAAGCACCUUCAUGCAUACCUUCCCUUUUGUCAAAACUAUUAGUCUGAGACAACUUUUUAUCUAUUGGAGAGAUUAAUUUUUCAUGUACUCUUGGAGAGUUCAAUUUUUCCUGUACUAUCGGAUGGAUACCAAGUAGGGUACAAACAAGUUAAACCGCUCACAAGUUAUUUGCAGUUUGGGUUGAUUAUUGUCAAGCCGAAUUCGAGUUUGAGCUGGUUGAGUAUUAUAUUUAAGUCGAGUUUAAGUUUGGGCUUUGUAUAAAUCCAAUCGAGUUGGGCAUGAACCCAAUAGUACAUGGCUUGGUUU